AUGCCUCGUAAUUCUAACAGAUUUUUCUGUGCUAUAUGUACACGAUCCUUAAAAGGAUUUAGAAGUCCUGCUGGUUUACAACGGCAUGAAACAACCAAACAUGCAACAUACAAUCUAAUACCAAAUCACAUUAAACAAGUACCAAAGUCAGAGCUUUGUCAUUUGAAACGCGUUAUAGUCAAGGAAUUACAAAAAAAACUCAAAAAUUAUUACCGUGCGAUUGGGGAGCAAGUGCUUUCAUUACAUUGUAGUGAAGACGCGUUCGUUGGUAUUUUUGGACAUUAUAUUACACGUUAUUCACCCUGUGGUUCUUUUUAUGUUUGCCAUUUCAAGGGUGAAGAUGCUGUAGAAACGAUAGGUCAGUUGUUAGAUAAUGAUCAUUGGUGCGAACGUGAUUAUG